GCUAGCAAACUUGCUAGCUGCCGUCUGUAGGCGGAACACUAUAUAUGUAUCUAUUGUUCCAUGUGGGGCUUAUUUAGGGGUGUACCUGAUCAUGGGCUGUACCUGACCACAGCUAAAGUCAGGCAGAAAAUACCACUUUCUCUUUGUGACAGAGAGUAAUUUGGAGUCUUAAAUUACGCAACGUGCCCUGUGCAGUAUUUAUAAAGUCACAUUCCUCUUAUAUUAAAGAUUCAGGUCAGGGUUUGGAUGCGUCUCCCUGGUAAUGGCCUCAUGUGGGGGCUGGCAGGAAGUCUGUGGACAGAGGCCAGGCGGGCACCCAGACGCCUGGCGACUCACCUGCGCUGCUGGAGGAAGUUGUGCUUGUUAGCGAGGCUGUGUUCCGGCUCGGCCCCCCUGGGACCCACUGCUCCAAAGAGGACUGCUGUCACCUCGUCCGCCACCUCUGGCCAGCAGACUCUGCACACACCUGUAAUGGUUAAAGAAGUACUGGAGAGCCUGGAUGUCCAACCAGGGCAGGUUGUUUUGGAUAUGACCUUUGGGGCCGGAGGUCACACCAAGGCCAUCUUGAGGGCGGUGCGUGACGUGACGGUAGUUGCCCUCGACCGCGACCCCGUGGCCCACGGACUGGCUCAGCAGCUGGCGGAGGAACACCCGGGCCGUGUGUAUCCACUGCUGGGGCGCUUCAGUGAGCUAAGCCCCCUCCUGACCCGUCUUGGCUUUGGCCCAGGGAGCGUGAGCGCCGCCCUGCUGGACGCUGGCUGCUCCUCCAUGCAGAUGGACAGCGCCCAGCGUGGAUUUUCCCUCAGCAAGGAUGGCCCCCUGGACAUGAGAAUGGACGGAGAGCGGUUUCCCAGAAUGCCUAGCGCCACUGACGUGCUGAACGCCUUGGAUCAACAGGCACUUGCGUCGCUCCUGCGAGCGUACGGGGAGGAGAGGCACGCCGGCAAAAUCGCCUCAGCCAUCCUGCAGGCACGCAGAGUCUACCCUAUUCAACGCACCCAACAGCUGGCCAGCAUAGUGGCAGGAUCGAUGCCAGCCUGUGCCUUAUAUGCCCGCCGUGACCGCCUCCAGAGACCCAGCCACGUGGCUACCAAGACCUUCCAGGCCCUGCGUGUGUUCGUCAACGACGAGCUGAACGAGCUGCAUGCGGGCCUGCAGGUGGCGCAGAAACACCUCCGGCCCUGUGGGGGGCGCCUGUGCGCGCUCACCUUCCACUCGCUGGAGGACCGACUGGUCAAGCGCUUCCUCAGGGGUGAGGACCUCUCCGCGCCGCCCAGGAUGUCCAGCCGCCAGCGGGCAAGACGAGCACUGAGGGCACGCCAGGAGGAAGAAGAGGAGGAGGAUGAGGAGGAUGAGGAGGAAGAUGAUGAUGGCACGGGGGGGAGCGCGGGGUGGGUGAGUCUGAGGAGGAAGGUGCUGACGCCCUCGAGGAAGGAGCUGGAGGAGAACCCGCGAGGACGCUCCGCCAAGCUGCGCGCCGCGAUCAAGCGCUGAGCGACUUUAGACGUCACAGUCUGACCUAUGACCUCUACAGUCAAGAGUGCUGCGUGUGUGUGUGUGUGUGUGUGUGUGUGUGUGUGUGUGCUGCCUGUCUUCACCCUAAUCAGGGUUUUGUUUCUCCUUGUGUUUCUAUGACCAUCCUUAACUGACACUGUGUGUAUUGUCUAUUUCCGACCUGUCAAUCAUUCAGGGCUCUGUUUGCGAAAGGCUUCUCCUCUUUGUGCAACCACCAUCAUUAAAUGACACCUAGGUCAGGAACCAUGGAGUAAAAAUGGGUAUUCAGGAUUCUCUUUUUUUGAUCAGUCAGUGCUCAGUUCUUAGUGCUGUGACUACGAUGAACCGAAUGAGAGAGUAUGAUUUUUUGUGAGUUAGUUAUUUACUUCCUUGUUUGAAUGAGAGCCAAUCAUACCAAUGACGUAGGUGUUUUGCGGUGAGGUCACCUGGAGUAGCAGUAGCAGUUUGUUGACAUGAAGAGCUGUCUGCUCUGGGCUCCAACAGGGUGAGUCUAAGGUCAGACUUGCAUAUCGUGUUUGUACUGUGAGUGUGUGUGAUGUUUGAUCCACAGGUCCUUUGGUGUCAGUUGAGGAUGGACCUGCACAAAUGAUUUAUGUUUUUUUUUUGUGUGUGUAUGUGUGGGAGGGGGGUUAUUAAAAUAAAUUCAGUUUCAGAUCAGUUCCCAUGUGCGUCACUGCUAACACUACAUGUUGCUUUGAGGGAGGACAUGAAAAUAAAGAGGUUCCUGUUCAUCUCAAAAGCUUCACAAACUCCUGAUGGAUCGAUAGAGCCAGUGGCAUAGUGAAACAUAGAUGGAAAGAGCCUCUCUCUCUCUCUCUCUCUCUCUCUCUCUGGAUCUCCCUCUCUAUCUCUCUCUCUAUCUGUCUCUUUCUGUAUCUCCUUCUCUAUCUCUCCGUCUCUCUCUUCAUCUGUCACAUUCUGUUCACUGCUAUCUGUCACCUUGGCUGUAGUUCACUGCUAUCUGUCACCUUAGCUGUAGUGGUGCUCACUGACAAGUACAUUGGCAUGCAAACGUUGGGGCAGCCUUGGUCAAAAGUUCUGUUACUGUGUUAAAUGAGUCGAAGACGAGCGCCAGAAGGCAUGAAGUUAAAGAUGAAAACACUCUUUUCAACAUUUUAAGCAAGAUUGGAGUGGAACAUUUUUUGGAAAGGAGCACUAUGCAAAGGUUUGGGCACCCCAAGAGAUUUGUGCUCUCAGAUAAAUUUUACCAAGGCCUCAGACCUUAAUUAGCUUGUUAGGGCUGUGGCUUGUUCGCAAUCAUUGUUAGGAAAGGCCAGGUGAUGUAAAUUUCAAAGCUUUAUAAACACCCUGACUCCUAAAACCUAGUCCCAACAAUCAGCAGCCGUGGGGUUCUCUAAGCAGCUGCAAAAUAAAAUAAUUGAUGCCCUCAAAGCGGGAGAAGGCUAUAAGAUAAUAGCAAAGCGUUUUCAGGUUGCCGUUUCUUCAGUUUGGGCAAGAGAGAGAGGUGAAGUUGAGGCCUAGAUGACUAAGAAAACGUUCUGAGAGAACUGCUUGUAGGAUUGCUAGUUUGCUCCGAUUGACUGCAAAAGACCUUUAGGAAGCUUUAGCAGACUCUGGAGUGGUGGUGCACUGUGCAUGAAGAGUCAUCAGAAGAACGUUUGCAAUCAGAAGAACAUCAGAUGUUUGCAAAGGAACGUCUAAACAAGCCUGAUGCAUUUUGGAAGCAAGUCCUGUGGACUGAUGAAGUUACAAUCAAACUUUUUGGCUGCAAUGAGCAAAGGUAUGUUUGGAGAAAAAAGGUGCAGAAUUUCAUGAAAAGAACACCUCUCCAGCUGUUAAGCACAGGGUGGAUCAAUCAUGUGUUGGCCUUGUGUUGUGGCACAGUGAACAUUUCACUGGUAGAGGGAAGAAUGAAUUCAAUUAGAUACCAUCAAAUUUUGGAAGCAAAAUAUCACACCCUCUGGAAAACAGGCUGAAGGACCCAAAAUAAUCCACAAUGGACCUCCUCAAGAGACGCAAGCUGAAGCCAUGGCCCUCACAGUCCCCGACCUAAACAUCACUGGAUAGACCUGACAAGAGCAGUGCAUGGGAAACUGCCCAAGAAUCCCACAAAACUAGAAGCCUUUUGCAAGGAAGAAUGGGUGAAAAACAACAAUUGAAAGACUUGGUUUACAAGCUGUGAUGCUUGCCAAAGGGGGUGUUACUAAGUACUGACCAUGCUGUGUGCCCAAACUUUUGCGUCCAGCCCUUGUCCUUUUUUGUUAUGUUGAAACUGUAAUUGAUGGAAAUUAAAAAAAAGGAAUUUUUGCUUAAAAUAUUAAA